AUGUCUGAAUGCUGGGAUAUGGAGCCGGACCGCCGUCCGACAUUUGAUUCUAUUAGCAGAACAGUCAAACGGCUUGAGCACGGUCGCAAGGUGAGAAUUGAUGGUUCUUCUUCUUCUAAAAUAGUCCUAGAGAGUGAUUUCAUCUAAUCACGAUUCCUUUCGUGUAAGUGUCUGUUGAGUAGAUCUCAAACCAUGGCACGAGUUAUAAGCUUGGAUCCGCCACAGUAUUAACUCGGGCAUAUCAAAUCGUCCAGAGAUCAAGACCAGAGAAGGCUUGACGGAUAUUUCUAAGUGGACAUACUGGCCUUUUACCAGUUUCUAAUCUUUUUUUAUUAUUAUUAUUAUUUUUUUCAUUUGUUUCAGGAAAUUAUUUACAUGAAUGUUUACAACGAUAAUCUUUAUAAUAACCUGGAGGACUGGGACGAGUAA